AUGCAGCGGCGUCACUGGAACGCUCCAGAUGGUGCGGACGAUCCCGAAGUUCCUGUAUUGCGUGGUCUUAUGCCGAUAUUUCCUGCUCCGGCACCAAUUCGACCAGUAAAUCUACCAGUGGCUAGAAAUGUGCGCCGAGGUCUUGCUAGAAUUCGUUCCGACUCUCCAGACACAGCAAUUGAAUACGAUCAAAAUGAAGUGGAAGCCUUAAAACGAAUGAAAGACUUUGCUACUCGUCAAGUAAAUGGAUUGGCUUUAAUUGGAAACGCCGUGCAGGAAACACCGUUUAUAGUGAUCAAUGACGACGUGCGAGCAGUGCGUGAAGCUGAAGAGAGAUAUUUAAUGAGGGAGCUGGAUCUUCAACUGAAAUCGAUUCGGGAAGGGGAUAUUAACCGUACCGCCAUACUAAUGAUCAUGACACCAUUAUGCAAUUAUUUGGAACGAAUCGAAAUGGAACUAACAAAUACAAGGAACCUCUUAACAGAUAUUGAAGCUCGUCAACUUGACUUGGUCGAUGAAAUGAGACAUGUCGAGCGAAUCUGCCAGAUUCUUCAGGGCGAUGACAAGCGUGGUGCUGGUCAACCAUAA